GGGGACAAAGGGCAGAGAAUUCGGCAGCAGCAGGAGGUGACGUCAGCAAGCUGCUUUUUUCUCGUUGUUGACUCGACAACAGAAAGGAAGAAAGCGAGACCGCAGAGUAAUGUUUCACGUAUUAUGUCGGUCAACUUUAUUAAGACUCGUUAGAACCACCAGUGUUGCGAUGCGAUCUCGGUUUAUCAGACUUUUGUGGUAAUGUAUUUGUCUCCUCGCCGGUGAAGUUAUAUGGAAAACCCAUUCAAGUCCCCUGGCGGAUUUCUGCUCAACAAAGGAUCGUUAUAGGACUAAUAUUAUAGUUUUCAACAUGAGUCCGUAUAUUUUAUUGCAGAGUAGCACUAAUAUGAGUGACAUUGUGAGGUCGGAGUAUCGUGGCUGUGUGGACGGAUCUAUGAUGGACGGAUUCAGUGUUUUUAUUCAGGGUUUGUUGGCAGUUCUCGCGUUCAGCACGUUAAUGAUAAAGAGGUUUCGUGAACCUGUUGGAAUAAGAAGACCUUGGAAAAUCUGGUUCUUUGAUACGUCCAAGCAGGCUAUCGGUGCUCUUUUCAUGCAUUUUGCCAACAUAUUCCUGUCCAUGCUGACCAGUGAAGAUCCCUGCUCUCUAUAUUUAUUAAACUUCCUGUUGGACGCCACAUUGGGGAUGCUGGUGAUCUGGGUGGGUGUGAAGGUCGUGUCCAAGCUAGUGGAGUACAGACAGUUAACACUGUUAAAGUUUGGAGAGUAUGGUGACCCUCCUCGUGUUAUGGCCUGGUUAGCCCAGUGCUCAGUGUAUUUACUCAUCAUCGCUGUAGAGAAAAGUGUGGUCACGCUGGUGCUGCUCAUCCCUGGGUGGACCAAUCUGGAGGAGGUGGUGUUGGACUACAUCCCAAACCCACAGCUGGAGUUAGCCAUCGUCAUGCUGAUCGUUCCAUUCAUUGUUAAUUCUAUAAUGUUCUGGGUGGUGGACAGUUUAACAAUGAGGAAGUAUAACAAGAUGACAUCCCUGGAGGGCUCACGUGACUGUCCAAGACAAGUGGAAGUGCCAAGUGUGUGCAGUGAUGAAGCUGAGGUGCUGUUAAAAGCAGAUGAAGAUGAUGCUACAGUGUGUUCUGAAGAGGAAGAGCACAUCCAGACAGAAGGAGCAAUACGAAAGUGUAUGGAUGUUUAAAACUGACAUUAUGCGAGAGCACUGUGGUGUGACAUGCUAUAAUCCAUCUGAAAAUGUAAAUAACGUUAUUUAAAUAUAUGUGUAAUUAUUAUGCAUGUAAUUUAAAGGACCUCAUAUUAAUUGAGGGGCUCUGUCACAUUGCAGAAACUG